GCCUCCGCCUUUCCUCCCCUCUUGGAAAGUGAUCCGAAGUUGGGAAUCUUAGCGGCCGGACCUGAAGGGGAGUUGAGGUCUCAGCGAUCGGGGAGGGGGGAGGCAGAACCUACGCAGGGAUACGGGAGGGUUUGCUUCCUCCUCUCCUGGAGGUGGGAGGGGAGGAGCGAGCCUAAGCCUCCUGGGCUCCCAAGGAGAAGAGGGCCAGAGGUUAGAGGGCACAGAGCCAGAAAAAAAUCCGGGGAAAGAAGUGUGUAUUUGGGGCACCGUCUAAGGGAGAGUAGUGACUAGUGGUUUGCAGUAAGGGAUUGUACACGUGUUUAGUGCCUGGAGGUUAAAAAGGGGGUGAAGACCUGUGGGGAGAGUCUAUGGGAGAAGGUAGUAAGCAAGGCACAAAAGUUCCUGGGUUCGCUGGAACAGGAAGAAUUAGGGGGUCCUGGAUGGAAGGGGCUUGUGAAGAGUAAUUAAUAUUGAUAUUGAGAAUAUCAUCAGGCUUUCUAAAUCAGGACGCAAGAGAUUUUGUGCUUAGCAAGUAGGAGAUCUGGCAGAUUAGAGCAAGGGAGUGACAGAGGCUGGAGAGUGUAGUGGUCAGAGCAGCUGGCCAUGGAUGACCCGGAGGAGACCUUUGGAGGAGAUGGGGAUCCCAGCCCUGCCCCUUAUGAAGAGCUGGUGUCUGCCAUGGCUGGGGGGCUGUACAGCGAACUGGAACGGCUCGUAGGGGCCUAUGGGCCUGGAGCAGUGUCUGGCCUCCUGCCGCAGCUAGUCUCCGUUCUGGAGUCCCUGCAAGGAGCUUGUGGGCAGGUGCGAGAGCGAGACCAGGCUCUGGAACGGUUAAGAGAUGACCGGCUGCGGCUGCUAGAACAAUAUGAGCGAGAGCGAACGGGGCGCAAACGGGCAGAGGAGCGGUUCAUGGAGCUGGAGGAUGUGAUGGAGCAAGAACGCAAGGCGCAUUUGGCAGCCGUGGGCCGGCUAGAAGGACAGAGCCGUGUCUUAGAGGGGAAAGCACGAAACUAUGCGGAUCAAGCGCAGCUUGCCCAAAGCCACACAGGCUGGCUGUCAUUUGGUAAUGACAUGAUCAAAAUCAUCUUUCUGGGCAGAUUGAAACCCCUGUCUGUUCAGGUGCCUGCACAGUUUCAGCCGAGACGUUUAGAUCCUGGGCCUCUGGAAUCACCUCGUUCCCCAGAGGAACCAGGAGAGAUCCAGCCGCUUCCUGGUUCAGACACAGCAAGGAACAAUUUCCCUUUGGCGCAAGAAAUGGUCCAGCCAGAGAAAGACACCUGUCUAGUUCAAAAGCGAAGCUUUGACUUAGAUGACCUUGUGAACUCUACUCCUGAAUUGGCACCUGAUCCCCAGCAAGCAAGCAGCCCCCUGAGUACCCCCCUCGAGCGCAACACGGUCUCCCUUUUCGCCGAGGUCUCGGGCCUCAGCCCUGAACUUCUCAGCGAUAUGGAUGACGGCGCCGAUUUGCAGGGUGAUGCCCUAAAAACCGUGAUAGCAGAAAAUGCCAAGCUGCAAGAAGAACGGAUCAUGCUAGACACUGCCCGCCGCCACCUCAUUGCCCGGGUAGAAGAGCUGAGUGAGGAGCGUGAGUCUUUGCGGAUGGAGCGUGAGGGCACCGUGGGGGCCCUGAGCCGCUGCCAAGCCCAGCUGAAAGAGGCUGAGUUGGAGCUUAUCCGGAUCCGGCAGGAAUUUGAGGAAAGAAGACGCUCGAGUGAAGAUGGAGAGGCUGAAGGGAGCUCAUCCCAGCCGCAGAAGUUUACCCGCGCUGAGAUGGCCCGCGUGGUGAUGGAGCGCAAUCUCUACAAGGAGAGGCUGAUGGAACUGCAAGAAACGGUUCGGCGUACUGACCUACUCAGGGCUUCGCGAGAGGAACAGGCUGUUCAGAUGAAAAAGUCUUCUUUCUGGAAAAUCUUUGAUCGUUUGUUCAGCCCUUCGGACUCUCCAGAGAGAUCUCCUGCAUCCCCACUGCCCCCGCGGAGGGCCCGGUCCAGCCCUGUGAGCCGCACUGAAUUGGGACGGAAUGGGGCACAGUUGUCUCCUGCACUGAGAUGCAUCCCAAGAACUACCUCACCCACUUCUGAAGCAGACACUUCCCCACAGCAGAAGCGGCGAGACCUGUACCAGGAGAUCCGCUCGUACAUCUGGCAGGAGCAUGGGCGGGCACAAAUCCGUGGCUGGAGCCAGCCGCCUACGCUCCAGGGUCAGGACUCCUCCCCAGGAGAUGCCGACGUCCCUAUGCUUGUGCAGCUACGGAUGCUAGACCAGAAGGAUCCCAGUACCAAGCUCUGGUGUGCUGCAGUAUCCCUUGGGCCAGAGACUCAGGAAAUACCAGAGACUGGUAGCCCUUCUCAGCGUGUCACCGGCUGCUCUCAGCUGUGGGUUGCUGCAGGGACUCAUUCUGCCAGUGAAGUGACUCUUUUUGCUGCCCAGAACUCAAACCACAUCCUGGAACACUUCGUCUUGCCUGGAGUUCAUGUCCUCUCAGUUGCAUGUGUGCCUGGCCUUAUUGUCCCUGGUGGUGAGAGUCCUGAGAUGGAGCCGGAAAUUCUUGAAGACCCCUUGGCCCCUGGAUCUGACAGCGAAGAUGAAACGGCGGAGAUGGAGUCUGUGGGCACAGAGCCUACCAUCUGGUUUGGAACCCAAGAGGGAUGUAUCUAUAUCCACUCGUCUGAGAGUGACUGCCGACGUUGCAGGGGAAGAGUGCAGCUGAAAGAUGCUGUUCACUGCAUUGUCCAUACCCAGGGCCGUGUGGCAGCUGCAUUAGGGGAUGGAACUGUGGCCAUUUUCCACCGGAAUUCAGUCCGGAAUUGGGACCUCUCUUCCCCUCGGCUGGCUGACCUGGGAAGGCCGCGGCGCUCCAUCCGCUGUGCCAUCCCUGUGCUGGACCGGCUGUGGUGUGGAUAUGGAAACCGGGUCUAUGUGCUGGAUCCUCGUAUGGCUCGCAUCCAGCGCUACUUUGAGGUGACCUCACACCCAGAGAGCCAAGUGCGGCACAUGGUGGCCGCCGGUCGUGGCGUCUGGGUGUCCGUUCGGCUGGAGUCCACUCUGCGCCUCCUCCAUGCAGAGACUGGGCAGCCAUUGCAGGAAGUGGAGCUGGGCCCCUUUGUCACUCGCACGCUUGGGCCGAGCGGCCUCAGUUUAACCUUGAACGUCUCAGCGCUUGGCGCUUAUGGGAAGCGGCUCUGGGUUGGAACAUCUGGCGGUGCCAUCCUCUCUCUGCCCUUCAUUUCUGAAUUUGCGAGAAGCUCAGAGCCUUCCACCCCUACUAGUAUCCCUUACUGUGCAAUGGAGCAAGCCCAGAUCAGCUAUCACGGGCACCGUGAUGCCGUCCGCUUCUUUGUCUCUGUCCCAGGAUGUGUGGGUCCAUCCUCUUCUGAAAGCGCCAAGGAAUCACACAACCAAGAGAAGCCAAGUAAACCCUGCUGCCUGGUGCUAAGCGGAGGGGAGGGAUAUAUCAACCUCCGGAUAGGAGAUGACACAGAUGAGCACUACGGAGACCUUCUGCUCUCAAACCCUCGCCUCCGUCGAGCCGAGCGGAGCCACCUGAUUGUCUGGCAGGUGGAGGCCUGAGAUUGUGGUGGUGGGCACAACAAUGGGUUUUGGUGGGUGUGGCUCCACUUCCACCUAGGAGGAAACAGCACAGUUUGCCAGUUGCCGGUGUCUCCUUCCCCACAACUGUCUCCCAUUCUUUAACCCUCCGGGGUCUGCAGGGUUGGAGUCAUGACUUCUUGCAACGUUCUCAGUCUGGUGCAGUGGGGGUGGAAAAGCUACCUGGACACCAGGAUCUGUUUUGUAAAUAGGGGGGGGGGGGGGGGGGAAUCUUCAGUGGGUGGAUCCUCUGACUUCCUUCCCCUUAUAAAAAAUACCCUUCAUCUCCACUGCUUUCAAAUUGGAGCAGUGCAUUGGUGUGCAAUAAACCUUCUGGAUUUCCCCUAACAAAAACAAACAACCCCGGGCUGUAUUUGCUCAUUCUUUCCUUUGUUACCCACCAGUAACAGUGUACCUCUUACUGACUGGGGAGCUGCAAGUCAGGAUGCCCGAGACUACCAGAACAGCCUAGUCCUAGUUGGGAAUAUUGGGGGCAGAGACCCUGUGAAUUGAACCACAUAAGACCAAGGAUCUGGGCUCCUAGAGUGGCUUCCAAGGUCAUUCGGAGCAAUGACCCUCAUCCGUCUUUUUGGCUUCUCUUUCUGAGUGUGAUUCUCUGAUGCACUUUUCAUUUGGUGGAUUCGGACACGGAAACGAGACCUGGGAAAAAUUUGAAAGCCAGGCCUGGAAUUGGCGAUGUAAACAGCAGCAGCACUACUCAAAGAGACCUCAAGGGGGAGCUCUCUGGUCUCGCUGCUGAAUCUGGUUUAGAUGCUAAACGGGAUUUGUUGAUUCCUGAAGCUGUUGCGCGAACAGGAUCCUGCCUGGAGCCCUGGGAUGAUGCCUGGGGACCCACCACGCAGUUUAUUUCUCAGGGUUGCUGUUUGUUAUUUGUCUGUCUCACCAACGGUGAGGGUCUCUAGCAGCAUCUCAGGAUCUUUUUCUAUGUGACGGUUUCUCAAUAAAGCUUUAUCAUUAA